AUGGAGCCUGGCGAUCGACCUCCGGUGCUGGUAGCCAACCUGGACGUGAUCACCGUCACACACCUGAACAGCACGCCGGUGGCCAACAUGAAGUCACUGCACACCAACGCCACACAGACGCUGGACUUCAGGCACAGGGAAGAGUCGCUGUGUUGGCUCUCGUCCGCGCAGUCCGACGGCCAGCUCUGGUGUGCCUCCAUGACCAAACUAAAAGGGUUUUCAGAGCCGAGGCAGAUACAUGUGGGGCAAAACCUGCAGAAUGUAGAACACAUGGCCAUUGAUUGGCUCACGGGCAACUUCUACUUCGUGGACCGCGUCAGUGAUCGGAUAUUCGUGUGUAAUGAGCUGGGGGAUUCGUGCGUCACCAUCAUCGAUCUGGAUAUCCAGAAUCCUAAAGGGGUUGCUUUGGAUCCCAUGAUGGGCAUGGCACAGGUGCAGGACCGAACAGCCACGGCCCUGGCUCUGGACCUGGUCCGGAAGCUGGUGUACUGGGCCGAUGUCUACCUGGACUACAUUGAAGUGGUGGAUUACGACGGGAGGAACAGACACACGGUCAUCCAGGGCCAGUUGGUGUCACACCUUCAUGGAUUAACUCUCUUUGAAGAUUAUUUGUUUGCAACUUGUGCUGAGCCCUCCCAGGGAACCAAAGUGGACAUUUUGCAGAUAAAUCGCUUUAACGGCACACUCACAAGGACUAUUGUCACGCUGGACACUUCCAAAGCAAUACGCGUGUACCACAAACUGACUCAGCCAACAGUAAAGGGUCAUGCGUGUGAACCCGACUCCUACGGCAAGCGUGGAGGCUGUUCUCACAUCUGUCUGCUCAGCAGCAGCUACAAGACUCGGGUGUGCCGGUGCCGCGCCGGCUUCGCCUUGGGCGCCGACGGCAGGUCGUGCAAAAAACCCAAGAACGAACUGUUCCUGUUCUACGGGAAGGGCAGGCCCGGAGUCAUCCGAGGUCUGGACGUGAAAAAAAACAAUCCGGGCGAUGAGCACAUGAUCCAGAUCGAAGGUCUGGUGAGCCCGAGAGCGCUCGACUUCCACGCCGAAAUGGGCUACAUCUACUUCGCCGACACCACCAGCUUCCAGAUUGGCCGACAGAAAAUUGAUGGCACCAGCCGUGAAACUAUCCUGAAGGAUGACCUUGAUAACGUGGAGGGGAUUUCGGUGGACUGGAUCGGGAACAACUUGUACUGGACCAACGACGGCUACAGGAAGACGAUCAGUGUGGCUCGGCUGGAGAAGGCGGCCCAGAUCCGGAAGACCCUCCUGGAAGGAGACAUGACUCACCCCAGGGCCAUCGUAGUGGACCCACUCAACAGCUGGAUGUACUGGACAGACUGGGAGGAGGACGAGGUGAACGACAGCAUCGGUCGGAUCGAAAAGGCGUGGAUGGACGGGUCACACCGCCAGAUCUUCGUCACGUCUCACAUGCUGUGGCCCAACGGGCUGGCCCUGGACCAUGCGUCCGGCGCCCUGUACUGGUGCGACGCCUACUACGACCACAUCGAGCGCAUCUUCCUCAAUGGCACCCACAGAACGGUGGUGUAUAAUGGUAAAGAAGUCAACCACCCAUUCGGGAUCACUCACCAUCUGAACUACGUGUUCUGGACGGAUUACAUGAACGGGUCCAUCUUCCAGCUCAACCUGCAGACGGGGCAUGUGAAUCUCAUGAGGAGUGAGAGGCCUCCACUGUUUGGACUGAGAGUGUAUGAUGCUCAAAGCCAGCAAGGUGAACACUUUUUUUUGUUAUUAUUACAUUUUUUUCUGUCUUCUCCCUGUCUGUUACUCUCUCCCUGGGUGUCUUAUACCCGUCUGUCUCUUUCAAACUCUCAGACCUGUCAGGCUAACACAUACCCCUGUCUGAACGGGCGCUGCAUCCCUGUCAGUUGGGCCUGCGACCGGGACGACGACUGCGGCGACAACUCCGACGAGCCACCGUCCUGUGUUUUCCCUACAUGUGAACCACUCACACAGUUCAGCUGCUCCAAUGGCAAAUGCAUUAGCGUGAAAUGGCACUGCGAUUCAGAGGAUGACUGUGGGGACGGCAGCGAUGAGCUGGGCUGCGUCCAUGCCUGCUCCAACGCCCAGUUCCAGUGCCACAGUGGGAAGUGUAUCCCAGAGCACUGGGUGUGUGACGGGGACAACGACUGCGGAGACCUCAGCGAUGAGAACGGCACAUGCAAGGGCACAGUGGCCACGGCUCCGGUGAGUGAGUGCGGUGAGGGGGAGUACCACUGCGUCGCCGACGGCACCUGCAUCCCUGAGCGCUGGCGCUGCGAUGGGGACAAGGACUGCGAGGAUGCCAGCGACGAGACACACUGCCAAGGCACCCGCCGCGUCUGUGACCCCCAGGCCAAGUUCACCUGUAAACUCUCAGGGAAGUGUAUCAGCCGCAGUUGGGUGUGCGACGGCGACCACGACUGCGAGGACCACUCGGACGAGGAGGGCUGUGAGGUGCCCGCGUGUAAACCCCCACGCCACCCCUGUGCCAACGACACGUCUAUCUGCCUGCCCCCCGAGCGCAUCUGCAACGGCCGCAGAGACUGUGCUGACCACUCGGAUGAGGGGCCCUUCUGCGAUGAAUGCUCUGUGAGGAACGGAGGAUGUAGCCACCAGUGCUCUUUGGCCCCAGGCAGAGGGGUGGUGUGCUCCUGUCCCACGGGGCUCCAUCUUGGCUCAAACGACCGCAGUUGCGAGGCGGUAGACUACUGCACCAAGCACCUGAAGUGCAGCCAGGUGUGCGAACAGUACAAGAGCACGGUCAAGUGCUCCUGCUACCCCGGCUGGAGGCUGGACCCCGAUGGCGAGGAGUGCCACAGCACAGAUGCCUUUGAGGCUUUCAUAAUCUUCUCCAUCCGCCACGAGAUCCGGCGCAUAGACCUGCACCAUCGCGACUACAGCCUGCUGGUGCCGGGCCUCAGGAACACCAUAGCCCUGGACUUCCACUUCAACCAGAGCCUGCUCUACUGGACCGACGUGGUGGAGGACAAGAUCUACAGAGGGAAGUUAGCAGAGGCCGGAGGGGUAAUUGGGGUGGAGGUGGUGGUGCAGCACGGCCUGGCUACCCCAGAGGGUCUGGCUGUGGACUGGGUGGCAGGGAACCUGUACUGGAUCGACAGCAACCUGGACCAGAUCGAGGUGGCCAAGCUGGACGGAGACAUGAGAAGCACCCUCAUCGCAGGGGGCAUGGAGCAUCCUCGAGCCAUCGCCCUGGACCCAGGCCAUGGUGUCCUCUUUUGGACAGACUGGGACGCCACGUUCCCCCGCAUCGAGGGCGCGUCCAUGAGCGGCGUGGGCCGCCACGUGGUCUUCAGGGACAUGGAGAUGGGAGCCUGGCCCAACGGCCUCACGCUGGACCACGUGGAGAAGAGGGUCGUCUGGACGGAUGCGCGCUCUGAUGCCAUCUACUCUGCCCUGUACGAUGGCAGCGGGCUGAUUGAGAUCCUCAGGGGGCACGAGUACCUGUCGCAUCCCUUUGCUGUGAGCCUGUUCGGGGGCAGUGUGUAUUGGACAGACUGGAGAACCAACACGCUGACCAGGGCCAACAAAUGGACCGGGGCCAAUGUGACAGUGAUCCAGAAAACAAGCGCCCAGCCUUUCGACCUGCAAAUAUUUCACCCAAGCCGCCAGCCACAAGCUUCAAACCCCUGCAGGGCAAACAGUGGCAGGGGACCCUGUUCCCACCUGUGUCUACUCAACUCCAACCGCACGGCCUCCUGCUCCUGCCCCCACCUCAUGAAGCUGUCCGCAGACAACACGUCCUGCAUGUCGCUGAAGAGGUUUCUGUUGUACGCGCGGCGAUCGGAGAUCCGCGGAGUCGACAUUGACAACCCUUACUUCAACAUAAUCACCGCCCUAACCGUGCCUGACAUCGACGACGUCACAGUGGUGGAUUACGACUCGGCGGAGGAGCGAAUCUAUUGGACGGAUGUGAAAACUCGCACCAUAAAGCGUGCAUUCAUCAACGGCACAAUGAUUGAGACCGUCAUAUCUGGAGAUCUGUUCAAUGUGAGAGGCCUGGCGUUGGACUGGCUGUCCAGGAACAUGUACUGGCUGAGCUCGGAGAAUGACGAGACCCAGAUCAAUGUGGCUCGCUUGGAUGGUUCACUGAAGACCUCUGUUGUCCACGGGAUUGACAAACCCAAGUGCCUAGUGGUGCAUCCAGUCAAAGGGAAGAUAUAUUGGACUGAUGGAAAUACGAUAAACAUGGCAAACAUGGACGGAAGCAACAGCAAGAUCCUUCAUCAGAAUCAAAAAGAGCCCGUUGGCCUGUCCAUAGACUUCCCAGACGGUAAGCUCUACUGGAUCAGUUCAGGGAACGGCACCAUCAACCGCUGCAACCUCGACGGAGGCAGCCUGGAGGUGAUCGAGGCCAUGAAGAAAGAGUUAAUGAAAGCCACAGCACUGGCCGUUAUGGGGACUAAACUGUGGUGGGGAGAUGACAUAUCAGCUCAGAUGGGGACGGUGGACAAGAUGGACGGCAGGAAUGCUGUUAUCAUGAGGAACAAGACGACUGGGGUAGUCCACAUGAAGGUUUACGAUCAGGAAAGCCAGAAAGGGCAAAACCCUUGUCAGGUUAAGAAUGGCGGCUGCACACAGCUCUGUUUCCCCACGUCAGAGACCUCUAGGACCUGUGCGUGCACCAUGGGCUACAACCUCAAGAGGGACCGCGUGUCAUGUGAAGGAGUGGGCUCGUUCCUGCUCUACUCAGUGCACGAGGGCAUCCGAGGCCUCUCUCUAGACCCCAGUGAUAACUCUGAAACCCUCAUGCCAGUCACAGGCUCAGUGUUUACAGUGGGGCUGGACUUUCAUGCAGGUAAUGACACCGUGUAUUGGACAGACAUGGGCUUAAACAAACUGUCCCGAGCCAAGCGUGAUCAGACAUGGAGGGAAGACAUUAUCACCAGUGGCCUCGGGAGAGUUGAGGGCGUAGCCGUGGACUGGAUCGCAGGUAAUAUUUACUGGACGGACCACGGCUUUGGUCUCAUAGAGGUAGCUCGUCUCUCCGGUAUGUACCGGGCAGUGGUGAUCUUCGAAGGACUCGAUCAGCCCAGGGCCAUUGCUCUGCACCCAGUGAAAGGGUUCAUGUUCUGGACCGAAUGGGGCCAGACCCCUCGCAUCGCCAGGGCUCGCCUGGACGGAUCCGAUCAAACCACGCUGGUUAACACUGGUGUCACCUGGCCGAACGGGAUCUCCAUCGACUAUGAGAUAGAGAGGAUCAACCUUGAGAGCGGCGAGAGUCGAGAGAUUGUACUGUCAGCGAGCAAUGCGGAUAUGUUUGCUGUGGCAGUCUUCGGGGCUUACGUCUACUGGUCUGACAGGGCACAUGCCGACGGCUCUAUCCGCCGCGGCUCCAAGAGUGACGCCAGCGACACACAGACCAUCCGAAGCGGCCUCGGAGUCAACCUGAAAGACGUCAAAGUUUUUAACAAAGUCCGGGAGAAAGGUACGAACCCCUGUGGGCGUAACAAUGGUGGCUGCCAGCAGCUGUGUUUCCACCUGGGUGGCAGCAGGCGGACAUGCGCCUGUGCCCACGGUUACCUGGCUGAGGACGGGCUCCGGUGCCACCGGUACCACGGCUAUCUGCUCUACUCCGAGAGAACCGUUCUCAAGAGUGUCCACCUGUCCGACGAGGGGAACCUCAACUCUCCGGUCAGGGCCUUCGAGAACCCGGCCUACUUUAAGAACGUCAUUGCGCUGGCUUUUGACUACCAGCAGCAGACAGCAGGAACCAAUCGCAUCUUCUUCAGUGAUGUCAAUUUUGGGAAUAUACAGAUGAUCAACGACGACUGGACAGGGCGACAAAUCAUUGUUGAAAACGUGGGGUCGGUGGAGGGCCUGGCGUACCACCGCGGCUGGGACACGCUCUACUGGACCAGCUCCACCAGCGCCACCAUCAGCAGGCACACCAUCCAGCCCGGGCCCCACGCCGCCUUCACCAAGGAGCCCGUGGUCAUCAUGGCCGAGGACGACCACCCGCACGUGCUCGCCCUCGACGAGUGUCAAAACCUGAUGUUUUGGACUAACUGGAAUGAGCAGCGCCCCUGCAUCAUGAGGUCGACCCUGGCAGGGAAGAACAUCCGGGUCAUCGUCAGCAGUGAGAUCGCAACCCCUAACGGACUCACCAUUGACCACAGGUCCGAGAAGCUGUACUUCUCGGACGGAAGUCUGGGGAAGAUCGAGAGAUGUGAUUACGAUGGAUCCCACAGAUAUGUGAUUGUGAAGUCCGGUCCGGGGACCUUUUUUGGCCUGGCUAUUUUUGGGGACUUCAUCUUCUGGUCCGAUUGGGUGCGCAGGGCCGUGCUCCGCUGCAGUAAGUUCACAGGUGGGGACAUGAGAGUUCUCCGCGCCGACAUCCCCCACCAGCCAAUGGGCAUCGUUGCCGUCGCCAACGACACCAACAGCUGUGAGCUGUCCCCCUGUAGGGUCAUGAAUGGGGGGUGUCACGACCUCUGCCUUUUGACCCCGCACGGCACGGUGAACUGCAGCUGUAGAGGUGAACGCGUGCUGCUGGAUGAUAACCGAUGUGUAUCCAGAAACUCAUCUUGCAACAUCCACAGUGAGUUUGAGUGCGGAAAUGGAGAGUGUAUUGACUACCAGCUGACGUGUGAUGGGAUUGCACACUGCAAAGACAAGUCAGAUGAGAAAAUGCAAUACUGUGAAAACCGAAGGUGCAGACAGGGCUUCAGGCCCUGCUACAACCAGCGCUGCGUGGCCAACAGCCUCUUCUGUGACGGAGUUGACCACUGUGGGGAUAACUCGGACGAGGUCUUCUGUAACAAUUCAACAUGCGCCUCCUCGGAAUCCCGCUGUCAGGACGGCGCUUGCGUCCCACGCUCGGCCUGGUGCAAUCAGAUUAUCGACUGCGGCGACGCCUCUGAUGAAAAGAGCUGCGAUAACAUGAGCUGCGCAGAUUACUACCAGCUGGGCGCGAAGGAGACGCCGUUCCUCAGCUGCAACUCCACCUCCCUGUGCAUCCACCCGUCCUGGGUCUGCGACGGAGCCAACGAUUGUGGGGAUUACGCCGAUGAAACCCGUUGCCAGGCGUCUGUUGGACACACGUGUGAGGACGGACACUUUGCGUGUCCCAGCGGAAACUGCAUCUCCAGCGUGUGGCUGUGCGACGGACAGAAAGACUGCGAGGACGGAGCCGAUGAGUUUCAGUGCGACUCCUCGUGUCUGUGGAACCAGUUCGCCUGCUCCAAACACAAGUGCAUUGCCAAGCAGUGGCUUUGCGAUGGCGAGGACGACUGCGGAGACGGCUUGGACGAGAGCGAAGGGAUUUGUGGAUCGGUGACGUGUGGAGCUGGUCUGUUCAGCUGCCCCGGCUCCUAUGCGUGCGUGCCCAGGCGCUGGCUCUGUGACGGGGAGAGGGAUUGUCCCGACGGCAGUGACGAGCUGGCUGCAGCUGGCUGCGCUCCGAACACCACAUGUGGAGAAGGGACAUUCCGCUGUCACAAUCAGAAGUGCAUCCCCAGACAGUACGUCUGCGACCAUGACGACGACUGCGGCGACGGCUCUGAUGAACACCCGCAAUGUGAAAGUUUGUGCAACGGCUCCUUCUUCAUGUGUGCCAACGGGCGCUGCGUGCCGCUGGCCAGCGUGUGUGAUCGCCGUGACGACUGCGGAGACCGCUCGGACGAGAGGAACUGCAACGUCAACGAGUGUCUUAACCGACGUAUCAGCGGCUGCUCACAGGACUGCCAGGACCUGCCUGUGGGAUAUAAGUGCAAGUGUUGGGCCGGGUUCUACCUGAAGAACGAUGGAAAGAGCUGUGUGGACAUAGACGAGUGUCUGUCCAGUGUGCCCUGCAGUCAGCAGUGUGUGAACACCUACGGCUCCUACAAGUGCCUGUGUGCGGACGGCUACCAGGCUCCAGCAGCCCAUCCACACAGCUGCAGGUCCACCUCAGCUGAGGAGCCUUUCCUCAUUCUUGCUGACCACCACGAGAUCCGGAAGAUCAGUGUUGACGGUUCCAAUUACACCCUCCUAAAACAGGGCCUCAACAGCAUUAUUUCUAUUGACUUUGACUACAAGAAGGAGUUCAUCUAUUGGAUUGACUCGAGUCGGCCAAGCGGGCGGAGGAUAAAUCGGAUGCGACUGAAUGGCAGCGACCUCAAGAUAGUCCACAGGAGUUCAGUGCCUAGUGCCCUGGCUGUGGACUGGAUUGGGAAGAACUUAUACUGGUGUGACGCGGAGAAGAAGUCCCUCGAGGUGUCGAAAGCCAACGGCCUGUACCCCACCACCCUUCUCAGUGCUGGAGUGAGGAACCCAGUCAGCCUGGCUUUGGACAUCCAGACUGCACAUGCUUUCUGGAUCGACUGCUGUGAGGCUCCCUACAUCGGCCGUGUCGGACUGGACGGUAGCCACCCAGACAUGAUCGUCAACGCUGAGAUGUACAACCCCACGGCUCUAGCCAUCGACUACGUCAACAACAGGCUGUACUGGGCAGACGACAGUCACAUCAUGUGUGCAAACACUGAUGGCUCCAGGAGACACAAAGUCCCUAAUGAAGACAUCCACGGGGUGCUGAGCCUGGCCCUCUUUGAGGACUUCAUCUACUGGACGGAGGAGAAGUCCAAGGCCCUGAGCCGCGCGCACAAGACCUCCGGGAGCCAGCGCGCCGACCUCCUCAGCUCCUGGCAGCCAAUCAGAGACAUCAAGGUGUACCAUCCCUAUCGCCAGCCCGAUGUGCCAAAACACCAGUGCCAGGUGGCAAACGGCGGGUGCAGCCACCUGUGCCUGCUGGCGCCAGGGGGGCACUACAGGUGCGCCUGCCCCACCCACUUCUAUCUGGCGGCCGACAACAAGACCUGCCUGUCCAACUGCACCGCCAGUCAGUUCCGUUGCGGUACCGAUGAGUGUAUUCCUUUCUGGUGGAAAUGUGACACGGUGGACGACUGUGGUGAUGGUUCCGACGAGCCUGCAGACUGCCCUGAGUUUAAGUGCCAGCCGGGACGCUUCCAGUGCGGGACGGGUCUCUGUGCUCUUCCCCCCUUCAUCUGCGACGGAGAGAACGACUGCGGAGACAACUCCGACGAAGCCAACUGUGAUACCUACAUCUGCCUGUCAGGUCAGUUCAAGUGCACCAAAAAGCAGAAGUGCAUCCCUCUGAACCUGCGCUGCAACGGGCAGGACGACUGCGGAGACGGGGAGGACGAGACCGACUGCCCUGAGAGCACGUGUUCUCCGAACGAGUUCCAGUGCAAGACCACAAUGCAUUGCAUCUCCAAGCUUUGGGUGUGUGACGAAGACCCUGACUGUGCGGACGGCUCGGACGAGGCCAACUGUGACGAGAAAACCUGCGGCCCUCAUGAGUUCCGCUGCAAGAACAACAACUGCAUCCCCGACCACUGGCGCUGCGACGGCCAGAGCGACUGCGGAGACAACUCAGACGAGGAGAGCUGCAAGCCGGUCACGUGCAACUCCAAGGACUUCGUCUGUGCGAAUGGAGAGUGUAUCUCCGCACGCUUCCGCUGCGAUGGAGACUAUGACUGCAGGGACAACUCGGAUGAGAAAGACUGUGUGAGCCACUGCUCGACCAACCAGUUCCGUUGCCACAACAACCUCUGCAUCUCCAGCAAGUGGCUGUGUGACGGGCAGGAGGACUGCAAGACGGGCGAGGACGAGCUCAACUGCCUGGGCACCGCGUCUCCUUCUUGCUCCUUAAACGAGUAUGUUUGCUCCAGCGGAGGGUGUGUCUCUGCAGCGCUCAGGUGCGACGGCCACGACGACUGUUCCGACGGCUCUGACGAGCUGGACUGUACCCGUGAGUGCAGGGAGGAUGAGUUCCUGUGCCGUAACCGUGCCCACUGCCUGCCCAUGCGCUGGCGCUGUGAUGGCAUCUAUGACUGCGUGGACCACAGCGACGAGGACAGCUGUGACCACGGAGUGCAUCUGUGCCGCGCAGACGAGUUCGUCUGCAACAACACGCUAUGCAAGCUUCAUAUCUGGGUGUGCGAUGGGGCGGAUGACUGUGGAGACAACUCCGAUGAAGAUGCCGAAAUGUGUGCCAAGCUGCCGUGUCCUCCCACCAGAGCCUUCCGCUGCAGGAACGCUCGGGUGUGUCUGCAUCCCGAACAGCUCUGCAAUGGAGCCGAUGACUGCGGAGACAACUCCGACGAGGAAGAGUGUGAGAAUGUGGUGCGCAGGCCCAGGCCGUGUGGCAAGGCUGAGUUCAGCUGCAGUAACCACCGCUGCAUCCCGGCGGAGCUGCAGUGUGACCUGUUCGAUGACUGUGGGGACGGGGGCUCCGAUGAGCAGGAGUGCAAGGCCUUGGCCAUGGAAGACGCGUGCCGCGGGAUAGCCAACUUAUGCGGCGAAGAGGCGCUCUGCAAUCAAUCACGGCCCAAUUCAGUGUGCCAGUGCAAAGCAGGCUUUCAGCGGAAUCUAAGGAGCAAGCAAUGCGAAGAAGUCAACGAGUGUCUGGCCUUUGGCACCUGCUCCCACUACUGCUACAACACUAAGGGCUCCUUCAAGUGCACCUGUGACAGGAACUUUAAAGAGAUCGACGGCGAAUGUGUCACCAAAGGCCCAGAAGACCAGCUGCUGUACAUCGCCAACGACACCGAGAUCCAUAGUUUUGUGUACCCGUUCCAUCAGAGCCACGGCCACGAGCUAGUGGCCAGCAUCGAAGACAGCGCCCGCAUCAUCGGCAUGGACGCUCUCUACCAGCGGCACACGUUCGUCUGGGCCACGCAGUUCAACCCGGGGGGGAUAUUUUACAGAGACAUCCAGGAACACAGUCUGUCAAACAGUGGCAUUGUAUGUCCAGACUUCCGGCGCCCGCGGGACGUCUCGGCCGACUGGGUGACGGGGAACAUCUACUGGACGGACCACUCGCGCAUGCACUGGUUCAGCUACUACACGGCCCACUGGAGGAGGCUCCGCUACUCCAUCAACGUGGGGCAGCUGGGCGGACCCAACUGCACUCGGCUGGUCACCGACAUCGCCGGCGAGCCCUUCUCCAUCACUGUGAACCCAGUGCGAGGGAUGAUGUACUGGACCGUGAUUGGUGACCACUCCCAAAUCGAGGAGGCAGCUAUGGAUGGGACCAUGCGGCGGGUCCUGCUGGAGAAGAACCUGAGGAAGCCCACAGGUUUGGCCAUCGACUACUUCAACCAGCGCCUGUACUGGGCAGACGCCGAGCUGUCAGUCAUCGGGAGCGUGCGCUUCGACGGCUCGGAUGUGGUGGUGGCUGCCAGCAGCCGACACGGCAUUUCCCAACCCUUUCGCAUCGACCUGUUUGAGGACUACAUCUACGGGACCGGGGUCAAGCACGACGUGUUCCGCGUCCACAAGUACGGCAAGCACCCCGUGGAGAGACUGCAGCUGGGAACGGAGAAGGCAUCCAGCGUCCUCGUCUUCCAUCGCUUCAAACAACAAGACGUCUCUAACCCGUGCGUGAAGAUGAGCUGUGACUUCAUGUGCCUGCUCAACCCUAGUGGUGCCAUGUGCGUCUGCCCGGAGGGGAAGAUCCUCGUCAACCGAACAUGCACUGAAACCAACAUCUCUGGGGAGCUGUGCCGGCCGGCGUGUGAGAACGGGGGCCGGUGCGUGACCAAUGAGAAGGGCGAGUCUCGCUGCUACUGCUGGCCCAACUUCUCUGGGGAGAGGUGUGAAGUAAACCACUGCAAAGAGUACUGUCACAACGGAGGAACCUGCUCUGGCUCACCCCUGGGGAGGCCGACGUGCCGCUGUGCCACGGGCUUCACGGGCCCGCAGUGCGAGAGGCGCGUGUGCGACGGCCACUGCUUGAACGGCGGCACCUGUGACGUGAGCCUGGGCAACCAGCCCGUGUGCCGCUGCCUGGCCGAGUACACCGGGGACCGCUGCCGCUACCAUAUCUGUCACCACUACUGUGUGAACUCCAAAGCCUGCACGCUGUCCAGCACGGGCCAUGUGGAGUGUGUGUGUCCCACGCAGUACGAGGGGGUGAAGUGUGAGGCGGACAGGUGCCUGCGCUGCCACGGGGCGCCCUGUAUAGUCGACCACGACUCGGGCGACGUGUCCUGCAACUGCACCACUGGCAGGAUAGCCUCCAGCUGUCAGCUGUGCGACGGCUACUGCUACAACGGCGGAACCUGCCACCUCGACCCCGAGACCAGCCUGCCGUUCUGCCACUGCACGGGCGCGUUCAAAAACCAGCGCUGCGACGAGCGGGCCAACCCGUGCGAUUACUACUGUCAGAAUGAGGGGAUUUGCACGUUAACUGCCUUUAACAAACCCAGCUGCAAGUGUUCAGCAAACUGGUCUGGCACACAGUGUGAGAAACCUGCGCCCAAGAGCAGCCGCUCCGACAACAUCAGUGGGAGAAGCAUAGCCAUCAUUGUGCCACUAGUUCUCCUAGUGAUCAUUGUCACGACGGUGGUGGUGGGUCUGCUCAUCUGCAAGAGAAGACAGAGGGGCAAGAGAGUGCAGAGACAACCGAUGGCCAAUGGGGGUCUGAACGUGGAGAUCGGCAACCCGUCCUACAACAUGUACGAGGUGGACCACGACAAUCACGCCGUCGCUGGCAACCUGCUGCACCCCAACUUCACUCUGGACCCACACAAGGGCUGGUGUGUGAGAUCCAGUGAACCUCCUCGCUGUGUGCCAGUCCACCCUGUCCCUGUGGUGAAGGAGAUGAUUCCAGGACAGGCGUUAAAUUACUCCAACCCGGUCUAUGCCAAGAUGUACAUUGACGGACAGCACUGUCGAAAGCCGGUGAUCAACAUGGACGAGAGGAGAGAGCUACUCCCAAAGAGGCUGGAGGUGGCCAUCCGCGAGACGGCCGCGUAGCGUAACCCCCUUUUUACCACCGCUGCUUUUAUACGCUCUAUACAGAUGUACAGAAGAAAGAAAAAGACAAAAUAACAAUAAAAAGACAACAACAAAAAAAAAAAGACUUUUCUAUGUUCCGGCCGAUUGGGAAACGCAUUUCCUUCUGUUUCUUUAUCAGUUACCUCCACCUCAACGUUACCGGUCCAACAGUCCUAUGAGUCAUGGAUGUGUGUUGCUUCGUCCUCAUAACAUACAGAGUAUAUGCCGAUGCACUAUACAGACACAACACAACACAACACAACAUAAGAUAUUAUGCUGCUGAUACACCAACUAUUGUAUUGUUGUAUUCACUUUGGGUUGACGGAGAUAGAAGUUAUUCAGUAUUCAUCGUUAUUUCUGUAGAAGUUGUUUAAAGAAUUCAUAUGUGCACAGUUUUGCCUUUGGUAACUAAUUUACCAAUACAUCGAUUAUAUGCCCAAGUUGCCUAUCCCAUAUAUCAGAUUAUUGCAUAGGAACAAACCUCUUUUUACAUGAACUCACACAGUAUAGGUUUUUUGUUUGUUUGUUUGUUUAAUUUUAAAUUGAAUUAAUUGCUGUUUACUUGUGUGUGCAUCUGUCUGUUGAGGCCAAUGUUUAUUUAUUGUCAUUUUUGUGAUUUCAUAGAUUUUUAUCAUUAAAAAAUAUGACAUCUCUCCAAUUCUUGCUAGGAAGGCCAUAUGCAAGUUUCUUUUGUUCUUUUCCAUCACUGUUGCCCGGUAUUUAUAGAUACAUAUCUUAGCAGUUAGCCACAGCCAUGUCAACCUGUCACUAAGCUGUCACCAAAUUGUUUACAACUUUGUGUCAUCACGGUCGAAAGAUAAUUCUAAAUCCAGUCAUUUGAGGUUUGCUUUGGUUGAGCUGUCUGUACGGGACUGAUUGAAGACACACAUGAAACAAAAUGGGUUCAUCGCAUUUUUAUUUCAGAGACACUGAAGAACCAAAACCAUUUGCGCCAUCUUUACCAGAAAAAUAAUAUGUACACGCACAUAGAUUUACAAAGUUUUAUAAUUUUGUAUUUGAUUUAUAUGUCCAGUUGGCUUGUAUUUUAAGGAAGUGUAUUAAAUGUGGUACUUUUAUACGAAAUGUACAGUACAUCAAUAUAAAAUAAAAAAGGGUUUUAUUGCCAUUGAGAUGAA